AGCAGCGACAGUGAGUGGAGGUGUCUACAUUAUGACGCUGCUGAUAGUCAGGCUGUUGCUGGUUGCCUGUCCGGAGACGCCAUUGCUGUUUGAAAAGCGAAAGCUGCGAGAGGCUGAAGGAGAAGCGCCAUAGAAACAGGGCGGCUUCACUCCGCCGUUCUGGAGCUUUUUACCUUUCCUUACAGGGAAGGACGGUUGAACAGGGCUAAUUUCUCCCCGACGAGACCGAAGCGCGGAGAUCGCCUGGUUCACCAGAGCGGUCGGUCGUUACCUUCCGGCCCUGCCCUCUCCUCCCCUUUGGUUUGAGUUCGGUUGCCGUGAGCGUGUUGGCGGAUCAUGGCGUGUGGGGCCACACUGAAACGAAGCGUCGAGUUUGACGCGUUGCUCAGUCCCCAGUCUCAGUCCCCCAAGCGGAGGCGGUGUAUGCCUUUAACAGGGCCCGGCACUGGGACACCAUCGCCCCAGAAGUACCUGAAGACCGAGCCAGCGGCCUUUGGCGGAGAGAGCUCCUCAGCCCAUCGACUCACACCAGAGCAGAUAUUUCAGAACAUCAAGCAAGAAUAUAGCCGCUUCCAGUGGAGGAGACAGUUAGAAGGAAGUUUUAAUCCAAGUGAGGCAAACAGUUCUGUUGAAGGAUCAUCUAAUACUUUGUUACUAAAUGCACCAAGCUCACCAGGGACGUUAUCUAAGAAAGACCAACCUUUGUUCACAUUACGACAGGUUGGAAUAAUUUGUGAGCGCCUGCUUAAAGAUCAUGAAAGCAAGAUCCGGGAGGAAUACGAACAAGUUCUAAACACAAAACUUGCAGAACAAUAUGAUGCUUUUGUGAAAUUCACACACGACCAGAUUAUGAGACGAUAUGGAGAACGACCUGCUAGUUAUGUGUCCUGAAGCAUUUUGUGAUUGAACGGGUGUUGGCUUUCACCUCAAGUCAGCUGCUGUACUUACGAGAACUAACUUUGGUGCCAUGUUUUACCCACCUUCUACUUGAGGGAUUUUAACUCUUCACUGCUGGCCCACCCUACCUCUUGUAAAAUGAAACAAAAAGACAAAAAAAAUCUGACUUUACCAGUCAUUGUGCUAUCAGUACAGAGAUUUGUCUACUUUCCACUGCUAACUCUGCUACUGUGAGAAUAAUCUGCCAUUUUAUUUCCAGUUCAAGAAGCUGAAUACCAAGCAACAGUUAAUCUGCUUUUAAGAAGUGGCACUGAAUAUGGGAUUGUUACCGUGCAAACCUUUUGAAAGGAUUAAAGUCUGUCACAAGUGAUUAAAGUAGAAAUUUCAGUUUCUCUGUAUUGAUCUGAAAAAUGCAGUGCACUACAGUAAUAUUGCAGAAAUCUCCCUUUUUCUUGUGUAGAAUUUUUAAUGUGGAGCAUCAUUACCUGUCAGCUACAAACAUCUGUAACACUGUUACUUCGCAGUAAGUGGGAUGUGCAUAUCCAAUCUAGUCACUCAAUUCAAAGUUUGAACUGGAGACCUUCAAAUUGCACACUCAACCUGGUCUGAAGCAAAAACUGACUGAGCCAGAAAUGUAAACAUCCAUGGCUCACUGGCCGGACACGUGAAAUGUAUACUUGUGAAAGUCACUAUAACAAUGCUAAAACCUUUUUUAGUCUCAAUUAGGCAUCUUAAAGAGGAAUGGAUAAUAAUGUCAGGGAUCUGUUUUAUUUCAAACUUUCUUCUGGAUGUAGAAAAGCCAGUAAUCAUUUGUGAAUGGUACAAAGGUUUAAACUGGGUUAAAUGGCCUUUUCUUAAAUAGUCCUGUUCUUGGUUUAAACUCAGUUUUGUAGAGUUUGUCUGUAUGAACAAUAGUAUUUUUACCUGUUGCACCAGGAAUUUUAGAUUGGCUUUCAAUCUUAUUUCAUAACUUUGGCAAUUAGAUAGGUCUAAGAUUACUUGAGCUGACUCUUUAAAGAGUUGCUUAGAUUUAAUUUUUAAUUUUAGAAUACUUCUAAAUCUCACUAAUUGACAGCAUUGACCUUUUGCUCAGCCAAUAUAACACCGUACAAUUCUGUUUUUAAGUGUUUCUAAUCACAAAUUGGAUUAUAUCAUGGGCUGAGACUCAGAAACUGGUCUGUUUGGGGAAACAAAUUGGCUCAUGUAGGACUCUUAAUUUGCAUAUCUAAUCAAAUGAACUCAAAUCUAGAUGUUUUUGCCAUUGUCUGAUGGCUACAGUAUCAACUUUUUAGAUCUUCCCUGUCCAAUUAACAGGCUACAAAUAUAUAAGGACAAGCAGAGGCAUUUUUACCGACAUUGUUAUCACAAUUCUAUUUUCCCAAUCUGCAGGAAUAACAGGGUUUGUUCGGCUGUUAGAAUAAAUUGCAAUGAAUGUUUGUUUGUUUUUAAAGCAUACCUAAUGAAAGAGUGCAACUUCACCUUUUGUCUUUGUAUGUUUCUUACCCUCUGUAGUGUUAACAAGCUUAUUUUUAAAGAAAAAAAAUUGGAAAAUACCUAAACUGGACAUCUGUUUAUAUCCAGUUUUGGUUUGAACACUUAAGGAUUCUACAUUCCCAAUUUAUUCUGGUUGAAAAUUGAUUUGUAACCUACAUCAGUCUUGCAUUUGCUUGUUUGCCAGAGUUUUGUUGCCUAGUUAUGACUUCAGAUGACUUGUGUUUAAUAAAUCUAGAGUGGCCUUAUAAACAUACAUAAAUUAUGUUUUGGGAUUAUAGCAUUGUCAGAACUAAGGAUGCACACACAUGCUUUUAUAAAACAUGGCUACUAUGUAGAAUAUGGAAGUUGCAAUAACAGUUAUACACCCUCCUAGUCCUACCCCUUUUGUGGUAUUCAUUAUUUAAGGAAGCAGUACAGUUAAAUUCUUGGAAGUGAGUUCAUAGUCUAGAGACAACGCUUUAUCAGUUCUUUCCUCCAGUUAUAGGCAUUUUUAAAUGCAUGCAGUUGCACUAGUUGGUUACAUUUCACAAUGUAAAUUUAAUUUGGACAAAAUUGCAGACUUUAAUUGAAAAUUGCAGAUUUAAUAGUCACAUCUACACUGAAAACAAUCAUAACCUGGUGCAGCUGAAGGUAACUAAUUGAAUUUUGGCUCUGCUCAUUGGGAACAAAUGGCUCAAGGCCUCCUAAAUUUGACAAAGUUAGACUGGACCAUUAGCUUGGUGACCACAAUUGAGCUGUUCAGUUUCAUCUUGGAGGGCGUGAUGAUUGAGGAAAGUGCAUUUUCAAGCGACAUUGACUUACACAAUUGUUUAAAAAUGCUUGUUCUUUCAAAACCUUCCAGCAUUUUGAUCUUUCCAACUCUCCUUUUAAAGCUCAUACGUCUUUUAAAAUAUCCCAUUACAUUAAACAGGACUGAUUCUGAAGUCACCUAUUUUUUUAAUUGGAGUAAAGUGGUUUUUGUUUUCAUGACUCCUUCAUUUAAAGCUAGGGCUUGAAAUCAACCUGAUUAAAGUAAGCUCUCCACUCUAUAUGUACUUUAUCAACUUUUCGUGGAAGGUAAAAGAAAAAGUCCUCUGCCUGAACUACUUGGUCAAAGAUGAGAGAAAUCUUUCCUCUCGACUGUCCCAUUUCUUCACACUGCACAAAAGAACUUGCCAUAGAAAAAGCAAAAUUGGAAAAUAAUUAAUUUAUUGAAUGGAGUGUGAUGUACUAACUAAUUGUUGUGAGCAAAGAUUACCAAAACAAAAUGUGAUCUGUUUUCCAAAACUGGUAUGUCAGCUAAUCUUGGUGUGGGUGGAGAAGGUGGGCAAAAAGCAGAGGAAAUGCAUGAGUUGGCUAAGUUUUUUUUUGAACAAGUCUUGAGUGAUAGUAAAGCAUGUUUGUUUUUGUGUGUGUAUUUUGGGAGGAAAGCUUUCCUACAAUCUUGUUGAUCCCGUUUUAAAAGUCUUUCCUGUCUGAUUCUUUUGAUUUUUGCCUUAUCUUCCCUGAAUAUUAUAAAUUGAAAUUGAGUUAUAACAUAUCUAGCUGGUUUUUGCAGUAUAUAGCACUAGUUCAUUCCUGUUACAUUAGAAUAUCCAGAAAAUUUGCUGAAUAUAAAUGACAGAAUAUAGAUCAGAAUUAAGACUUGUGUGGAUCUCAAAUUUUUUUAGAAGGUUUAAAAUUAGUCUGUGAUUAGAACAGGUUAGUUUUGUCAUGAUGUCUGUUGCAACAUGAAUUGAAAUCCCAGAAAUCUAGGUUUUAAAUGAGCAGAGGACAUGACUUGUUCUAAUCACACACACACUCGAGAGAUUCUGCAAUCAUCCUUUUAUGUGCUUAUCUAACAAUUACAGGACAGUUAGUGACAAGGCUAUUGGCUCUCCGCAAAGCAAAUGUUUUUGCCCAUUGAGGUAAUAUUUGCUACUUGCUGAAGUGUUCUGUGUAUUAGAUGUAUUGUUUGUGGAUACUGCAUCUCCUUUGUCUAGAAAAUUAUUUUACUUCAGUAAAUGCCAUUUGUUUUAUUGAACUCAUUAAACAAAUACAAACAUCAA